UGCGCGAGCCGCGGGGUGGGGCGCGCGGAAGGGCAGUCGUGAUUGGCCAGCGGCUCGGAGAAGACGCCGCCCCGGAGAAGGCUCAGGAGCACGCGGUCAGGCCCGGGGGCCAGAGGUCAAGCCCGCCCUUCGCCUCAACUCCUUCUUCGACGAUUCUGGGCCGGGCAGUGAGGGCGGCGAGAGAAAAAUGAUGGAAUCUGUGGAGGAUAAACCGGAAGAGACUUCUCAGCCAACGGAGUCCGACCAGCCAAGGGGACAGGGGGACCCCUCGGACAGCGGGAGCGAGGACAUCUUACCCGAAAUCUUUCAGCUUCUGCAGAUCGACGUAGAGGUUGAAAACCCAAAGGCGUCGGUCAGGGAAAAUGAACCGUGGGCCUCGGUAUGUACAGUGGCCAAACCUUGGCUUCAGGGCGGAUGUCGUCGUGUUAAUAAAAAGAGACGGAAGAGAAAUGUCUUACGGAAACAGAAACAUUGGGAAAAAAUCAUCGCAGCCAAAAGGAUCAAGAGAAAGCAAGCAAAGGAGAGAAGGAAAGCGAAACACGCAGGAGACCCAGAAGCCUGCCACCAGCACAGCAAACGUGUUUUGAAAGCAAUGACCCGAGAACGAUUUUUGGAGGCACGAGAUUCCGGACCCAGGCUCUGUAUAGAUUUGAGCAUGACCAACUACAUGUCUAAAAAGGAACAAAGCCGUCUGGCCGCCCAGAUUCGAAGGGUCUAUGGUUCAAACAAGAAAGCCGCCAAGCCAUUUUGGAUAUACCUCACUGGAUUCCAAGCCAACAGUACCCUGCACGAAGAGUGUUUGCGGAUGAAUGACGGAUUUUCGAAUUAUCUCAUGGACGUAACAGAGGAUGACUGCCUUAAUUUAUUUCCUUUGGAAACACUUGUGUAUCUGACUCCUGACUCCGAAAAUGUGCUUGAAGAUAUCGACGUAAACAAAAUUUACAUCCUCGGUGGACUUGUGGACGAAACCAUUCAGAAGAGGCUGACGUUUCAGAAGGCCCAAGAAAACUCCAUCCAGACCGCCCGACUGCCGAUCCAAGAGUACAUGGUCAGAAACACUAAUGCAAAGAACUACCAUUCAGAAAUACUGGCCAUCAAUCAAGUGUUUGAUGUACUGUUAACUUACUAUGAGACUCGAAGUUGGCCCGAGGCACUGAAAGCCGGAGUUGCACCCAGAAAAGGCUUUGUUCUUCAAGACUCGGUGGACACUUCGCCCUCGGGAGAUGAGUUUGGAGAGAUCGGCUCUCCUCAGUAGGGGCCCGAGAUUCUUAAGCCGGCGGCGCUACUAUUAAAGACCGGUCUCAGUCUUUAA